GUGUGUUGUAACCGUCAAAGCUCCUAUCAAACCCUGAUGAUAUUGCAGAAAUUCAACAUUUUACAAAGACAGGCUGCAAAGUAUACUCUAAGGAAAAUGGCAGUGUCACAAGCAGAAAUAAUGUCGGCAGGAGCUUUAAAGAAUCCGAAACUUAAAGCGGUUGCAGAUGUGGACAUUGAUAAACAUGGAAAGUUCAAAUAUAUCCUUAUUAAAGUUCAUGAUCCAGAAAAAGAAAGAGAAUUUAAACACAUAGUGAGAGGAUACAGCAGAGCUUCAUUUCAUGCGGACAUAUAUGAUGAGAUAGCGCCCUCUAUCGAAGAAAGAGGACUUGAUUGUGAGUGUAUUGGUGGAGGAAGAAUAUCACAUGAACCAAACAAGAAGAAAAUAGAGAUCUUUGGUUACUCACAGGGUUACGGCCAAGCAAAUCACAGUAUAACAGCGCGGAUAUUGAGUAAGAAAUAUCGGGAGUAUGACAACAUCACGUGGAACAACGAGGGUUAUUAGCUGCAAAUGGACCACUGGAUGUUAUGAACAAUAUUGAAGAUUUGAUUAAAGGGAAGUCACUCUGACAGACUAACUAAGGAGGCGGCUAGUUGUUUAGUUUAAUGGAGAAACUUUCAAAAGGAAAUUCACAUUCAUUGUUACACUGUGACAGUUACCUGUUGCCUGUAUGGGCAGAUUUUGUACGACUUUAGGGUGUCUGUUUUCGAGAAGAAAAGUAUCGGUAAGGUGUUGCCAAGGCAUCAUGGUUAGUGGGUUGCUAAAACUAACCUUUGUCAUUACUCACAAAAAUGUUUAAUAUAUUAAAAUAAAAAUUGGUACAAAUGUUUCCACAGACAAAAGGCACAUGUACAGCACAUCCCUUAACUCUGGAUUAAAUAUAAUGAGUUAUUCCCCCUUUUUCAACUGAAAAACAUCAGACUCGCUUUGGUGUUUGGUGAGCAGGGCUCUUGUGCAAUUGAACACGGUGCAUUUAUCUGUAACUUCUAUUCAACUGUAUGAUGAUAUAAGCAGCAUUUAAAGUUGAGAUAGAAGAGUUCACAGUAACUUAGACAACAGCAUAUUAAUGUGGAUUCUAUACAGAAAUUCAGAACAUUGUGGAGAUAAUUAAAUACUGGUUGAGUUUGUUAAUCCAAACAGUUUAGUUUUUUAACAAUAUUUGGUUGUAGUAACUUCCAUUUUGGCAUGAACCAUGUUUGGUUCAAAGCUCCGCAUCUGCCAGAGAACUUAUUUACAAAAUAUUUUUAUUCAUGAUCAAAAAUACGUCAUUUUAUACACAGUAAAUCACCCUUCACUUGGUGGCAUGGAGUAUGUAAAUCCCGAUAGCUUUUAAAAUCAUUUUUUAUCUGAAAUCUAGAAUUGAUUUUCCGUAAUUGUUGUGCUGUGAAUGGGAACAAAAUCAAUCAAAAUCAACUCAUAAAUUGAAAGAGUUGCGUCCCUUAUUGCAAUUAUCUCAUAAUAUUUCUUACCCAUGGCAAUGAUAAUGAUUAAAAAUAGAAUGAGUAUUACUUAUAAUUAACCAAUACAUGUCAGAAACCAGAUAACACAAAUAUAUAAGGUUUAUAUUAGAGGAAAGAAAAAUAACAAUGUAAUAGCAGAGUUGGCAAAUCAGAUGGGUCUACAUGUUUAUCGAGUUCUUAAAGACCAGCCUCAAAAAUGUGCUUGCUUGCUGUCUGUGACAUCAUUCAUGCUACAUAUUAACAUUUAAUACACAUCUAGAUUUUCAAAACUUCUUAGUCUUUGCUAAGACAAGCAGCUGUAUCGAUCUUAUUAACCAUUGAAUUAUCAAUCAAAGUAAACAAAUGUGUGUUUUAACAGGUGAUCGGUAUUUAUAAACUGCUUUGGUUACUAAACUCAACCAGUACUAUAAUACUUUUUUGUCUGCAUUUUUUCAAUAAUUACAUUGUUUAAUUAUGCUAGGCAUUUUUCCAUUUUUGUCAAUUCAAAAGUGUGAGUUGUUAUUAUAAUGAUAAUUCUUGUUAACAAAGUGUAAUGUCAUUCACUUAGGUAGAUUAAACUUUGUAAAUAAUGAUAGGAAAUUUGGAAAAGAUGGUUUGAGUAAUUUCGUUAAUUAAUUUGUGUUUUUUUUCUUCAUUAUUAUGUUGAAUGCAGUCAUUUGCUAUGUACGAUAGCCAUGAACAGGAUAAAUUGACAAUGAUACAAACAUGUAGAAGUGAUUAGAUUUUAUUUAUUUUACUGGAAACUAUAUAAAUUCCUACAUUUAUUGCAGGUAACAUGUCCUGUACAUUCCUUUAUGAAAAACACUAAAUGUAUGUCAGUUAAGUCUGCUUUUUAAAAACACCGCUUUGAAAGUAUAACAAGAAUGCUUUAAAUGUCAGUUCUUCUAAAAGAACAAUCUUUUUCCUACCCUAAAUCUUAUUUUUAAUCUUUCGCCUCUUGAAAUAUGAAAACAUGUUUGUACAGUUUUGACAUCAGUGAUCAUGUAUUGUGAACCAUUGUUAGAUUUAUGAAGUAUAUACUUUGCUGUGCUCGUUUGCUUAUACAUUAUUUUGUUGUAUUAUUGUGUAUAUUGUUUAUCUAUAUGUACAGUUUCAUCAUAUCAGAGGUCAUGUCAUGUCAUAGCAUUAAUACAUUAUUUUAUCCAUUUAUUAGAUAUAAUACUUUAUUCUUAUUUCAUGGCAAUACUUUGUAAACUAUUGCAUUAUCUAAGUCAUGAAUUUUUUCGUCUAUUUUAAAAAUGUUGACCGAUUGAAAUAAAAAAUCAUGAUUUUGAUUGAAACAAAAGAAUCACUUUCAAAUUGAAUUAUUGUCUAUAAAAAUCAUUAAAUUGACUCUCUCCUAGAAUCAUUUAUUCAUUGUCAUGUUGUCAUGUUGUCAUGUUGUCAUGUUUGUAGGAUCUUCAAAUUGUUCAUUGUUUGGCAUGCAUAUUUAACAUGAAAGUGAACCAUUUGUAAUUUAUUGUCAAAUAAAAUAGUACAAGGGAAAUAAUUAGGAUAUAUAAGUUAGAGCUCCAUGAGGAAUGAUCAUUAUUUAAGGAUUAAUGUCCCUUAUAAUAAAUGAUAAAAAGAGAAACAGUCUUUAUUU